AUGUCACCAGAAGCAAUGAUGGAUCCUCAGGUGCUCUUUAUGUAUCCUCCUAGAAAGAAGUUGGAAUUGCAAUUACAGGAUCUUGCUGCAUUUUGCUUUCCUUCAGGUGUUAAGGCUCGUGUACUGGAGAGAUCACCAUCAUUAAGUGAGUUGAAUGGGCUUGUUUAUGGACAGGAACACUUGACCAGAGAUGAUUUCUCAUUUAUAUUUUCACUAAAGGUAGCAGGCAAUGCAACACUUUAUGGUGUUUGCUUGCGAGUUCAAGAGAUUGUUCAGAGGCCACCUACCAUAUAUGGGUCUCGAUCACCUCUUCCUCAGCCAAAUUCUGUCGGCAGCAGGUGGUUGAUUGCUGCUCCACAUUGUUAUUGUAUCUUGACAAAGGUGCCACUGUUCGGAUUACAUUAUCAGAUACUGAACAGCAUGGUUGCACAAGAUCGUCUGAAUCGGAUUACUAACUUUGUUGAAGAAAUGGCUCUUGCUACCACUGAACCUCCUCAAUCUAUGCAAAAACAGCAUUUAAAUGUGAAGCCUCCUGGUUCUGCAAGUGACACAAACUGGAUGGCCUCUGCAAUCCCUGUUAAACAUGCUGCAAUUCUUGCAGCAGCAGCAGGCAUUAUAUCUGAUAAGGAGGCAUCAUCAAGGUGUCAAAAUUCUCCUAGGAGUGCUACGGCCAGUGAUGCAUCAGAGAAUUGCCAAAUGAAGGAUUUGGAUAAGGAUAGUAGCAAGAACUUUGAUAGUCCAUCUGCUAGCAAAACCUUUGAUAGUCCAUCUGCGAAUUCGGGAAACCAAUCAGUAACAAGCAUUCGGAGUCUCGAAUCCUUAUUUAGGCGACAGAACAAUUUACUUGGUCCAGCUAGAAGUAUGGCGUCAGAUGAUGGUUCCACUAGCCAGGAUGAGGAUCCAACUGAUGAGGUGAUAAUGGAAUGGUCAAGGGAAAAUAAGAAUGAUUUGCUACAGAUAGUUUGUUGCUAUCAUCGUCUUAAUCUUCCUGGAAGAGGAAGCAAAAUCAAUUUUCAGCCGCUGGAGCAUAUGCAGCCCAUUGAGUUUCGACGUUUCUCCACUUCUGACCUUGGAUACUCUGAUAAGUAUAUUGAUAAAAUAACGAAAGUUUCUAAGGAAGAUUCUGAGGUCAAGUUAAAAUUAGCUAAUGCCGAGGAAGCUUCUUCACUCUCUCUAUGGUCAAUAUCUACAAUAUGUCGAGUUCUUUCUCUUGACAGUAUCCUUACCUUGAUCACUGGUGUAUUGUUGGAGAAACAUAUUAUUAUGAUGUGCCCAAACCUGGGUAUUCUAUCAGCUGUGGUGUUGUCCGUCAUCCCUAUGAUUCGUCCAUUUGACUGGCAGAGUUUAUUUCUUCCAAUUCUACCAGCGAGGAUGGUGGAUUUUCUGGAUGCUCCUGUUCCAUUCAUUGUUGGCACACAACAUAAACUAACUGAUCUGAAACGAAGAGCUCCUAAUCUUGUUCACAUUAAUCUAAUGAAUGACUAUGUGACGUCUUGUAGUCUUCCUAAACUCCCCCGACAUCAAUGGCUUGUUUCGGAACUUAGGCCUAUCCACUCGAAGUUGUCGUGUGAAGACUCUGAUGCUCCAAGACAUCCAGUUUAUAAAUGUGAUGCAGUGCAGUCGAGAUAUGCCAUUAAACUUGUAAGCGCGUUGAGGAAAUAUCUGGAAUCGAUUUGUUCGGAUUUGAGGUUCCACACGAUCACGAAUGUACAAUCCAAUGAGAAGGUUGCAAUACUUAUUAAAGAUAGCUACAUUGAUUCAUUCCCCAUAAAAGACCAGCCUUUUAUCAAGUUAUUUGUAGAGACACAGCAAUUCAGCGUUUUGUCAGAUUAUCGUCUCAUGUGCAUUGAAAAUAUAGUAAUUGCUGCAAAUUACUAUAUUUUUCCUUUAUGCUAAAUGUGUCCAAUUUUAUUAUUUUUUUGGCACGAUUAAAGAUGAGUUUAGAUUGUCAGUUGCUACUCUUGUUGAA